AUGGGAGAUUUACCGACGCAGCGAGUCCAUGGAUUUACACGACCGUUCGCAGCAUCCGGGAUAGAUUAUGCCGGUCCCCUCACGAAAGCUGUACACCUGGAGCUGGUAACGGAGCUUACAACUGAAGCUUUCUUGGCAGCCCUGAGUAGAUUCACUGCCCGGCGCGGCGUUUGUUCACAGCUCUUCUCCGACAACGCGACAAAUUUUGUCGGUGCUGCUCGCGAACUGAAAGAGAUAUACGAGUUUUUGGAGAAAGAGAAGACUGAGAUCGAGACCACUCUCGCAAAUCAACGCGUGCAAUGGAACUUCAUCCCUCCGCGAGCUCCGAACUUCGGGGGUUUAUGGGAGGCGGCGGUGAAGGUUGCGAAGCGACAUCUUAACACGAUCACAAGAGGCCGGACACUCACGUAUGAGGAAUACAAUACUCUGUUAACGGAAAUUGAAGCGAUCAUGAAUUCCAGACCGCUGACUCCGCUUUCUAGCGACCCAGCUGAUUUAGCUGUCCUCACCCCUUCCCAUUUCCUCAUUGGCGAUUCCAUGAUCCAACCGGUACAACGUGAUCUUUCGGAGGUUCCAGACAACCGACUGUCCCGCUGGCAGCAUCUGCAAAAGCUUCGCCAAACCUUUUGGCAUCGAUGGCAGACAGAGUACUUGCAGGAGCAGCAGAAACGAAGCAAAUGGACCAACGACGGGAAGAACAUCGAGCUGGACACGCUAGUGUUGCUCGAAGAGGACAACCUAUCGCCUCUUCAGUGGGCUAUAGGCAGAAUUAUCGAGCUGUUUCCAGGACCCGACGGCGUUGUUCGCGUCGUCACU